GUCGACGCUCACAACAGGUUACGCCAUCACGAGGCCAGAGACGGCGAAGGCGGGCGCGUCGCAGACGGGCCGCGCGAGCGAGCCGCACUCCAGCAGCGCGAGGCCCCGCUGCCUCUGGCCACGCUGCGGCGCGAGCCCGCUGGCGGUAGCGACGGUGUUGACGCUCCUGCCCGAGACGGCCGAGGCGGUGGACGUGGGGGAGGCUGAGGGCACGGGGGUCGAUGCUGUGUUGAUGGCUCUCUUGCUCGUCGCCAUCAACUGGCUCAUCAUGGAGCUUCGGGGCAAGAAGGUGGUUGGGGGGGGGGGCUGGAGUUCCCGGGCGGACAAGGUGGUCAACGACGCUACAUUGCCAGAUCCGAGCAGCAUCGGAUCGGCAACCAGCGCCACGACGCGUAGGGGGCGCGUCUACGUGGCGCCGAGGUUCGGAGAGAAGUUCCACCCCGCUCGCGCGCGCGGUGGCCUGCCGACCGCGAGGGGGGCGAAGGAACUCGAGUGCUGCGAGGCCAGCCCGAGCGGGCUCCUGCGGCGAGCGUCGGGGGCACGGGUGGGCAUCGGAGCGCUGGAGAUGCUCGGAUCGAGGUGCACCCCGUCGUGGGGCGGCAGCUGGUACGCGGGCGGCGACCGCGACUGGCCCGCCCUGCCCCUGCGUGCUGGCCCCCAGAUCGCCCAGUGCUACGGCGGAGCAGGCCGCAUCAAGACGCUCUCGGAGGAGCUCAAGCUGGCGGGGGAGGCACAGACCAGGCUCGUGCAGCAGCUGCACGAGGAGGACGAUUUCGAGAUCGCAGGGAAGGACCUGGAGGAGGCCAACGGAGGCGCCAGGACGGAGAUGGCGAAGAGGCAGCUGCAGGCGCUGUCGGAGGUGUGCCAGCUGCGGGUGCUGAUGGUGUCCCAGCAGGCCCAGGAGUGGCUGCCUCAGCUUCAUCGUCAGACGGCCCUGGUGAGAGCGCGGCUGCAGCUGCGUCACCAGACCGCGAAGAUGCGCGAGCCCGUGCUGAGCGCCUUUUGUCACAGGCGGAGGCAGCACGCUGGCUGCGACAGCCGCCUGCUCACGUGCACAGUGGUGGGCGGGUGGGCCGAGCUUCUUUUACAACUGCAGGAUGGCCUGCAG